AUGUCUUCUCACCAGCCCGUUGCCGGCAUGUCCGCCGUCGACCCCGAAUUCCUUUCCUCGCAGCCCCCCAGCAUGGCCUCCAAGUCGGAGCCAAACCGCAACCCCAACUACGACCCGAAGAAGCCACACAUCACCGACACUCCCAUGACACGGAAGAAUUGGUACAAACAUGUCGAUUGGCUAAACACAUUUUUCAUCAUUGGUAUCCCCAUGAUGGGCCUUGUCGCCGCCUGGUGGACCCCGCUUCAAUUCAAGACCGCCAUCUGGACCGUCGUCUACUACUUCUGGACCGGUCUCGGAAUCACAGCUGGCUACCACAGGCUCUGGGCUCACAAGUCGUACAGCGCUACUCUGCCCCUGCAGAUCUUCCUCGCUGCCGUAGGUGGCGGCGCCGUCGAGGGCUCCAUCCGAUGGUGGAGCCGUGGCCACCGCGCUCAUCAUCGCUACACCGACACUGUUAAGGACCCGUACAGCGUUCGCAAGGGCCUCAUGUACAGCCACAUCGGCUGGAUGGUCAUGAAGCAGAAUCCCAAGCGAAUUGGCCGCACCGACAUCAGCGACCUGAAUGACGACCCCGUUGUUGUUUGGCAGCACAAAAACUACAUCAAGGUCGUCCUCUUCAUGGGCCUGAUCUUCCCAACUCUCGUUGCUGGUAUCGGCUGGGGCGACUGGUGGGGCGGCUACAUCUACGCCGGAAUUCUCCGCAUUUUCUUCGUCCAACAGGCCACUUUCUGCGUCAACUCGCUCGCCCACUGGCUCGGCGACCAGCCCUUUGACGACCGCAACUCGCCCCGCGACCAUCUCAUCACUGCUCUCGUCACCCUCGGCGAAGGUUACCACAACUUCCACCACGAAUUCCCGUCAGACUACCGCAAUGCCAUUGAGUGGUUCCAGUACGACCCCACCAAGUGGAGCAUCGCCUUGUGGAGCAAGCUCGGCCUGGCCUACGAUUUGAAGCAAUUCCGCUCCAACGAGAUCGAGAAAGGCCGUGUCCAGCAGAAGCAGAAGAAGCUCGACCAGCAACGCUCUAAGCUCGACUGGGGUGUUCCCCUCGACCAGCUCCCGGUUGUUGAGUGGGAAGACUACGUUGAGCAAGUCGCCAACGGGCGCGGUCUCGUUGCCGUCGCUGGUGUCGUCCAUGAUGUGUCUGACUUCAUUCGCGAACAUCCUGGUGGAAAGGCUCUGAUCAAGUCCGGCCUCGGCAAGGACGCCACUGCCAUGUUCAACGGCGGUGUCUACAACCACUCCAACGCCGCCCACAACCUUCUCUCCACUAUGAGAGUCGGUGUCAUCCGUGGCGGGUGCGAGGUCGAGAUCUGGAAGCGUGCCCAACGGGAGAACAAGGAUGUUCAAUUCGUCAAGGACGACCAAGGAAACAAGAUCAUUAGGGCCGGAAACCAGAUCACGAAGAUCGAGCAGCCCAUUGUUAGCGCUAGCGCUGCGUAGACUGGUCUCGACUGUUGGAUCUUAUUUCCUAUUGUCAACAUCAUAUGGCUGAGCGUUCUGGGGCGUUUUCGGGAUAGGGCAUUACACUUGGAGUGGGAGCGAUUGAUUAUUUUUUUCUUGCUCUCGCUAGAUGGUGCCAGCGAUGACUGGUUCGUUAGAUCACAGGAGUUGUCCAGACGGGCAGUGUUUGACGGCUUUUCGGGUUGAUGGGAUGAGAAAACGGCGAUAUGCC